GUUUUUGUUUUUAUCAGUUGCCUCUUAUUCGCCGUCUCUCUCUCUCUCUUACUUAUCAUUAAAACUUGCUCUCUGCUUCGAUUGUUUUUUUUUUUUUUAAAGUUUCGAAGAUGUCUGAGGGAUCAGAAGAAACGAAAACAAAGAUCGACUCAGCCGAAGAGUUAUCCGAUGUUGAUAACGAGAACUGCAGUAGCAGCGGAAGUGGCGGUGGGAGUUGUGGUGAGACCAAGCGUACUUGCGUUGAUUGCGGUACUAUCCGAACUCCUCUUUGGCGUGGUGGCCCUGCCGGUCCAAAGUCAUUGUGCAAUGCUUGUGGGAUCAAGAGCAGGAAGAAGAGGCAAGCAGCUCUUGGGAUGAGAUCAGACGAGAAGAAGAAGAACAGGAAAAGCAAUAGCAGUAACGAUCUUAACCUUGAUCAUCGAAACGCCAAGAACAACAAGAUUAACAGAGACGAUGAUGACAAUGAUGAUCAUCACAAAACUUGCAACAGCAAGAGUAGUAGUAGCAGCAACAUCACCAACAACAACAAGGGAGUGAGUAAAUUUUUGGAUUUAGGGUUCAAAGUUCCGGUGAUGAAGAGAUCUGCGGUCGAGAAGAAGAGACUAUGGAGGAAACUCGGUGAGGAAGAAAGAGCCGCCGUGCUUCUCAUGGCGCUUUCUUGUAGCUCUGUUUACGCCUAAGCUUUUGCUUUUUUUUUUUUUUUUUUUUUGUUUAUCAUUAGAAAUCAAGUGAGAGCGAUUUUGGUUAACUUUAAUUAGAUAGAGAGAUAUAUAAUAUGUAUGAAAUGACUCAAUGAGUUAUGUAAGUUCCUUUUAGUAUUGUCGUUUUUUUUUUUUGGGUUAA